UCGCAAGACGUCUACGACAUGCUCGCCACGCUGCGCGCCUCGCCCGAGAUCCAAGUCGACCUGCCAAACCUAUGGGCCGACCAGGGCGCGGGCGUAGCUAAGCCCUACACCAGCGCCUUCCUCACCGCACUGUACAUCCAGUGCUACGAGAGCAGCCAGUGGCACCUAUGCGACCUGGUGGCCGACACGUGGAUCCGGGCGCUGCAGGCGGCCAACGCGCAGAGCCACACGAGCGCAGACAGGCAGCGCCCCCUGUGGCGCGCGAACGCGGCGCUCGAAGCGCGCUUCCGAGCGGGGAGAAUGGGGUUCAAGCGGGAUGCGGUCAAUCUGCACAUUGACGUCGAGGACCCGGUGGUGCACGCCGACGUUGCGUCGUUCCACGCCGAGCGGCUGCGGGAGCUGUACGCGCACACGCGGCCGCGCGCCGGGGCGCGGCUGCUGUGGGCCGAUGCCGUGGCGCUCGCGGGGCGGGGGGUCGAAGGCCGCUUCGCUGCGUGUCCGGAGAAGUGGCACCCGGAGCUGUGCUUUGAUGUCAUGUGCACAGCGCUACGGCUCGUGGGGCGCAAGCUCACGCUCAAGAUUGAGGAGAGGUACGAGGGCGCGUGGUGCAGGUAUCAUGAGCACGGGAGGCACGGGCUGCCGUGCUAUCGACGGCUUGCGGCG